AUGACGACACUCACUUCCUCUUGUCACACAAUUAGUGCCUGCUCUGCAAUCCCUACUACUACCACAUCAACUAUCGGCGGUGAUAGUCUGAUUGAAGGAACAGUGACAGAAGGAUACAAGAGUGUGAUUCAAAAUGCUGCAGCCUUUUCGUCGCUACUAUCGAAUCCAGAAGUCAAUAUAACGAAUUUUGUUGACAGUUUGCGUACUGCUACAACAAAGACAGCGACAUCAAUGACGACAACUACGUCGCCAUCCCUUACUGCAACAACCUCACUGUCUAUCCCAUCAUCCUGGAAUUGGUGUCAAAUUAUUGCUUUCGGAGUGCAAGAUUCCGACAAUCAGUUUAGAACUGGGAUUGAAACAUACAGCUCUCAAGGAACGCUUAUCUACGAAGAUGACGUGGACCUUGAAACUGACACUAUUAUAACAGUUCAAGCUGAUGAAUGGAAGGGGCGGAGUAAAUUUACCAUUGGAUGCGUUUAUUCGCAACCAGAUGCUACUUUCAUUGCAUGCCAGUAUGAUUAUGAAGGCACCCUGUACCAGGGAUCUGUAAUAACAUCUCCUGGUAUGACCCAACAUGCAGCGUGGAAAGAGUGA